UAAUGGAAGGGUGCUGCAGGUUUCCCCCGGUCUCCAGUAAAGUGGAGCAGCAGAAGAUCCAGCUCUGAUCAGCAGCAGCUCCACACCUCUGUACUCAGACUGAUCUGCUGGAGGAACACCAUCAGCUCACCUGCUGCAGAAAUAAAUACCAGCCUGUUCCAAGUCUUCUCCUGCUUCUGGUGUUAACUGCCAUACCUGGAAAAUGUAUCUUGAAAAAUACAGAUUUAGAAGAUUUUACACAAAUAUUUAGCUGCUGAACGAAGGGGAGAACAUGGAAUCCAGAGAAAUCUCCAGUACUCAGCCAACAUCCUCUCCUACACCUAGCAGACAAAUGCAGAAAAGCACAGGCAAGAAAACUCACCACUGUUCAGAUUGUGGGAAGAGUUUUACUCAAAAGGUUAAUCUCAAAAGACACCAGCGCAUUCACACAGGAGAGAAUCUGUAUCACUGCUCAAACUGUGGGAAGAAUUUUACUUCUAAGUGUCAUCUCCAAGUACACCAGCGCAUUCACACCGGAGAGAAACCGUAUCACUGCUUAGAGUGUGGUAAAAGUUUUACUACCCAGGGAAAUCUCCAACAACACCAUCUUAUUCACACAGGAGAAAAACGCUUUUGUUGUUCAGAUUGUGGGAAGAGUUUUACUCAAAAGAGUAAUCUCAGAACACACCAGCGCAUUCACACUGGAGAGAAACCGUAUCACUGCUUAGAGUGUGGGAAUAGUUUUACUACAAAGUGUCAUCUUCAAGAACACCAGCGCAUUCACACUGGAGAGAAACUGUAUCACUGCUCAAACUGUGGGAAGAAUUUUACUACUAAGCGCCAUCUCCAAGAACACCAGCGCAUUCACACUGGAGAGAAACCAUAUCACUGCUUAGACUGUGGGAAGAGUUUUACCACACAGAGGAGUUUCAAAAGACACCAGCGCAUUCACACUGGAGAGAAUCCGUAUCACUGCUUAGACUGUGGUAAACGUUUUACUACCCAGGGUAAUCUCCAACAACACCAGCUUAUUCACACACGAGAAAAACGCUAUUGUUGUUCAGAUUGUGGGAAGAGUUUUACUCAAAAGAGUAAUCUCAAAACACACCAGCGCAUUCACACAGGAGAGAAACCAUAUCACUGCUCAAAUUGUGGGAAGAAUUUGACUACUAAGCAUCAUCUCCAAGAACACCAGCACAUUCACACAGGAGAGAAACCGUAUCACUGCUUAGACUGUGGGAAGAGUUUUACCACACAGAGGGAUUUCAAAAGACACCAGCGCAUUCACACUGGAGAGAAUCCGUAUCACUGCUUAGACUGUGGUAAAAGUUUUACUACCCAGGGUAAUCUCCAACAACACCAGCGCAGGCACACAGGACAGAAACCAUACUAUUGUUCAGGUUGUGGAAAAAGUUUUCAUCAAUAUAGUCAAUUUGAAAAACACCAGCGCAUUCACACUGGAGUGUAAACGUAUCUCUGCUCAGAGAGAAAAGCUUCAGGCAUUCAUAUACGAUGAUGGGAUGCAAGUGGAGUAUUCAAGGCAUUUACACACCUAUAACCAUAGAGGAACCACGGGAAUUACAGGAUUUUCCUCAGACAUUUAGCAAAGUCAAGAAAACUACGUAUGAAAUUGAAAAGUACAGUCCACUCCACUCUAUCCACUCAAACACCUCACAGACCACAGUGUUCAGUUUUUGGUUAGCUUUUUCUUAGAAAUCAGGCAGCACACACCGAUCAGCCUUAAUAAUAAAAUCACCCCCUUGUUUCUACACUCACUGUCCCAUCUUAUCACUCUGUGGUUCUAACAUUACUGCCUGAGUUCUAAACCAUUUAUUUAAAUAUUUUUGUAUUAAAAUGAGUUUUAAUUUAUUAAUAGUUGCUGAUGCACUGUUUUAAUCAAGCAUUAACGGCUUGAUUAUUAUGUGUAUUUUGGAUUUUAUAAUUUUUACUGUUUAAUACUUGAUUAUACUUACUCUACUCUUGUAGAAUUCUCGUUUAUUGCUUUUACUCUAAUUUUUUGUUACAAAGAUUAAUUGUAACCUUUUCUGCUUUUGUGUACAUUGUUUAAAGCUUCAUAUGUGGAAAUAAACUUUUGUAUAGUA